CUGUCUAUCGCAUCCUUACGGUGGUGGAAAAGUUGGUUGUUGAGGUGUUUCUUUCUUCUUUCUCACCACCUCCUCCUUUUCCGGUCGCUUUCUGAAACCUUACAAAUUCAUCAAUCUCGAUGCCCUUUUCACGUUUGCCCAUUCGAGAAGAAGAAUUUAGGAUUUCUGAGCAUAUAAAUCUUGUCCUUAGUUGCAUCAGAAUCUGUUGAAACAAGUAACUAACACUGGUGGGUUUUUUUAUGAAUAACACGAAGUCGGGUCGGAUUUGAAUGAUGUUUCCGGCACCGGAUCUGGUUCAUUAUGUAUGCAUUGCCAGGGACACCACUGUGUUGGCUGAGUUCAAUUCGAAGGAUGAGAAACUUGGAUCGAUCGCCGUAAAAUGUUUGGAGAAAAAGCCGCCGUUUCAUUCCACCUUCUCCCACACAGUCCGCUUCCAAACCUAUGCUUUCUUGAUCGAUGACCCGUUUGUUUAUUUCGCGAUUUUUGAUGAAAAACUGGAGAAAUUUGAGGGAUUGGGCUUCCUCAGGAGCGUAAAAAAAGCUUUCGAUAAGAUUUUCCAGGUUGAUCUGGGGAAGAAGAAGUUGGAACGGCUGAGUUCUCAUUGUUUUCAGGGGGAAUUCAAUCCGGUUUUCCAUCGGUUACUGGGUCAGGGACCGGGGACGGAACCUGAACCGGAGGUUCGAAGAGGGGAAAGAUUGGAUCAAAGUGGCAGUUUUUAUUCCGGGUCAGGCUAUCUGGGUAUGCGGAAAGAGGAUUCAUCGAUGAAUUUGAAAAAGAAAAUGAAUAGAUUGUUUGGGGAUUUUAAGAUUGGCAGUGGGUGCAUGAAGGGAAAAGGAGAUGUCGAGAAGAAAGUUGACAUUGGGGGUGAAGACGAUGAUAGGGGUGGGAUUUUAUUGAGCAGGGAGUUUUCAGUGGCAAUGCAUAAGAAUGGGAUGUACUCUGGUGAAUUGAUGGGAAACCACAACCAUCACAAGGCCAAGAAAGUUUGGAAAAAGCAAGUGUGGAUUGUGUUAUCACUUGAUUUGUUUGUUUGCACAGUCUUGUUCAUCGUCUGGUUGUGCGUUUGCCGCGGUUUCAAAUGCAUUGAUAGUUGAGUUGAUUCAGGAAAUGAUGCAAACUCCUUUUUUUUCAGCUAUUUGUGCUGUUCUGCAAUGGCAGUUUGCUUUGGCUUCUGAUGGUAAUGUUGAUUCAGUGUAACAAUAAAGUGUGUAUAUUUCAUGGGAAAAGUUCAUAAACGAGUUUAUUUCUCUUGUUUACUUAUUGAGUCGUUUUUCAAUUGUGUAUACAUGCACAUAUUAUAUGCCUCGUAUGCCAAAUUGUUUCUUCUAUAGAGGAUUCACUGAUAUAAUGGAUUCAAAUUUAAUGCUUAGACAUUUGAAUGGAAGUGCUUCUUUCUUA